UCACCAAAUUUAUCGCUCAAACAAAGCAGAUUCCUUUUUUCUCCCUCUCUCCACCAACACAAAUCCCACGAAUCUUAUUGUUUCCCCUUCCCCAUUUUCUCACCAACCAAACACUCCCGAGAAAAUUCUCUGGGAUCCCUCUAUUCAUCUUCCUCCUCCUCUUCCCCUCCUCAAAUUCAAAUUCAAAUCCAAAUCCUAUCUUCCCAAUGGGCCACGAAGCAAUCACGGCAACGAAGACGCUCGUAUUCACGUACGGAACUCUCAAGAGAGGAUUCUCUAACCAUGUAUUGAUGCAGGACCUGAUCCGAUCCGGCGAUGCUUCCUUCAGGGGAAUCUACCGAACCCUAGACAAAUUCCCGCUCGUCUGCGGACCCUAUCGCGUCCCGUUCCUCCUCAACCUCCCCGGAUCGGGCCACCGUGUCAACGGCGAGCUAUACGCGGUUUCGCCUCGCGGCCUGGCUCGGCUGGACGAGCUCGAGGGGAUCAGCCGCGGCCAUUACGUCCGCCUCCAGAUCCGAUUGGCGAAGGCGGAUCGAAACGGCGGCGUUUCGUCGGAGGAGGAGGAAGAAGAAGGGGAGGGAUCGCCGUCGUGUGUGGCGGAGGCGUAUUACGCGCACGAGAGCUACGAGGAGGAGCUCUGGAAGAGGAACGGAGGGAGAUCGUUCGUGGCGUACACGGAGAAGGAGGCGCGUGGGUAUGUGAAGCGCAAGGAUCGGCCUCAGCAUCUGAGCUUCUUGGACCACAUCCGUAUUUUCGUAUCUUCUCCUUGCGACUGAGAAAUGUUUUUUUUUCCCUUAAUUUUCCUGUGAAAAUCGUAAUUCUCAUGGAAAAAACUGGUGGAAAGAGAGAGAACCACAGGUUAUUUGGGUCGCGUUGUGUCUCGUAUCCAUCCGUACGCGGCGGCGGCUGUCGUUUGAUGGCAUGGAAACUUCAAAGUUAGGUUUUGUGACGUUUUUGUGGGCGUGGGCGUGAAUAAAAUUAAAAAUCGUAUUAA